GACCCGGAACUGUUCCGAGGGGGUUGAGAGGUAUAGAAAUAGACAGAGUCUCUCUCCCUCUCUCUCUCUGCACUGAUCCGGUCACAACAACAGAUCUGAACCUCAACAUGUCUCUGCAGCCUUCUCCCUGCGUCAUAGACUGUGGGACCGGGUACACGAAGAUUGGUUACGCUGGAAACACAGAGCCGCAGUUCAUCAUGCCGUCAUGCAUCGCCAUCAAAGAGUCGGCCAGCAUAGGAGAACAGGCCCAGAGGAGACUUGUACAAGGAGUUGACGACCUGGACUUCUACAUUGGAGACGAGGCUGUAGACAAACCCAACUAUGCAACAAAGUGGCCGAUCCGUCAUGGGAUGGUGGAAGACUGGGAUCUGAUGGAGAAGUUUAUGGAGCAGGUCAUCUUCAAGUACCUUCGAGCAGAACCUGAGGACCACAGUUUCCUCAUGACAGAGCCUCCUCUCAACACUCCAGAGAACAGAGAGUACCUGGCUGAGAUCAUGUUUGAGACCUUCAACAUACCUGGACUCUACAUCGCUGUACAGGCAGUGCUCGCGUUAGCAGCGUCCUGGACGUCCCGGCCGGUCGGACAGAGGUCUCUGACCGGCAUCGUCAUCGACAGCGGAGAUGGAGUCACACACACCAUCCCUGUGGCUGAGGGCUUCGUGAUUGGCAGCUGUAUAAAACACAUCCCCAUCGCAGGGCGGGACAUUACCUUCUUCAUCCAACAGCUGCUCAGAGACAGAGAGGUGGGGAUUCCCCCGGAGCAGUCGCUGGAGACCGCCAAGGCAGUCAAGGAGCGGUACUGUUACAUCUGUCCAGACAUUGUGAAGGAGUUCACUAAGUACGACUGUGACCCGGGGAAAUGGAUCAAACAGUUCCAUGGAGUAAAUGCCGUCAGUCAGACCGCCUUCCACAUCGACGUGGGCCAUGAACGCUUCCUGGGCCCAGAGAUCUUCUUCCACCCGGAGUUUGCUAACCCAGACUUCAUGCAGCCCAUCUCUGAUGUCGUGGAUGAGGUCAUUCAGAGUUGUCCAAUCGAUGUGAGGAGGCCGCUCUACAAGAACAUCGUGUUGUCCGGAGGAUCCACCAUGUUCAGAGACUUUGGCCGGCGGCUGCAGAGAGACCUGAAGAGGGUGGUUGAUGCCCGACUGAGACUGAGUGAAGAGCUGAGUGGAGGACGGAUAAAGCCGAAGCCGAUGGAGAUUCAGGUUGUAACACAUCCCAUGCAGCGUUACGCAGUCUGGUUUGGAGGCUCCAUGCUGGCAUCCACGCCGGAGUUUCUCCAGGCGUGUCACUCGAAAAAGGACUACGAUGAGAUAGGACCGAGCAUCUGUCGACACAACCCUGUGUUCGGCAUCAUGUCCUGAUGCCGUUUGUAGCUACAGAGUGCUAGCAUGUUAGCCCAUUAGCCUACUACAUUAUCAGCCUGUUUGGCCUUUGAACCUACUGCCCAUUAGAUAGCCAGCCUGUUAGCCUGUUAGCCUGUUGCCCUCUUUACCUGCCAUCUGUUAGCCACCAGUCACUGAGCUGUUAGCAUCUCUGUCCCUUGCCCCAUGCAUUUUUCAGUCCACUAGGCUACCAGACUGUUAGCAUACUAGCUCAGCCUCAGCAGGCACAUGGAGGUCUGGAGCAAGUGAAGCACACACAGUUAGAAAUCAGUGAAUCAGUUUCCAGUCUUCACUCAGAGCGAUGACGGACGAGAACACGAGCUGACACCACAUCUGUUGCAGGUUCAAGUCCAGACGUCUUCAUCCAGACUGUCUCUGAAACUGUUCCAAACAAAAAGCCAAGGAAAGGAUCUAUUUUCUUGUUUCUGACGUAAAGAUGUUCGCCUCUUCACUCCUACCUUGCUUUGUGGGUGCAUAGUUGUCCUCCAGCUCUCAGUCCCUGUGUUAGCAUGUUAGCUGUUGUCUUUAAGUUUCAUUACGCUGGGCCCCAGAGGACAGUCCAGGUAUAUCUGUGACUUUUGAUGGCAGAUCAGCAGAUAUUGUUCUGUUUCCUUCACAUCCGUCAUAAAGAAACUGUUCCGUUUAACUGAUUUGGUUUAUUUUGAGUAUGAUUAACUUCCAGAAGUGACUGAAUCACAAACUGUGAGUAACUGUGUGUGUUUGUGUUGAUGAAUCAUAAACGACUGCAGUCAGAGUGUCUAUAUGUAUAGAAAACAGUGGAACAGUCAUAACCUCAGUAACACUGUCAGCUGGAGCGUGGUGCAUUCAGGAAAUACAGAAUGUGUUUUUAUUCAUAAUUACAGCUUCUGUACUUGU